GCGGUGCGGUUGCCAAAGUCAAAAUGAAGCGAAUUAUAAUAAAUCUAAUUGUGAUACUCUUAGCACAACAAUUCUCUGCUGCUGCAGCUUUUGGUGACGAGACUUGUGAACUAAACCGAGAAAUGGAACAUCAGUGUCGCAGUUAUACUUACUCCGUUGUUAAGCCUAUGCUAGAUUACUUGCGUCAAGUGGGCGAAGAUUUAUUGAAAAGUGAAUCGAAAGAUAGAAUCAUUAAGGAGCUGAGAGAAAAAUUAGUUCAGCAGGAAAUGAAUGAUGCCUUGAUAAAAGAAUUACGAUCUGAAAUCGAUUUUCAAAAGAGAAUAGAUAGUUUAUCUACAAAUUCAAAAUUAAUUGAGAACUAUGCAAAAUGCAAGGACGAAUUAGCGAGUAAAUCCAUUAAAUUGGGAAUAUUAGAUGCUCAACUGAGCAAAUUAAAUUCUAAAGAAAUUACAAAGAUUAAUACCAGCAAGAAUGAUAAGUCAGAAUUUGAAGAUCUUAAAGUAAAAAUGGUAGAUAAAUCUAACAAACUGGAAGUUUGUGAGGUUCAAUUAAUGAAGCUAAACGCUAGUCUUAUUGAAAAGGAUAAAAGUAUUUCGAUAUAUAUGCAGAGAUCUACAAUGUGUCAGAAUAAAAACAAAAAGAUUGAGUUACAAUUAAAGGACAGGGAAACAAAGUUAGUAGACAAAGAAAAUUAUCGGCAAAUGUGUCAAGCAGAAAUUGACAAAUUAAAUAAAACAGUUUACAAUAAUAUUCCAUCGAGUUGCUUUCCCUAUGCGGAAAAUCCCGGGGUUCAUAAAAUCGAGGUUUCUGGAUUUGGUUUCAUCAAUGUUGUAUGCAACAGUCAGAUAGCUGGUCCUGGUUGGAUAGUCAUACAACAGCGAGUUGGUGGGAGUGAGAGUUUCGAUAGGGAUUGGGCCACCUAUCGCAAAGGUUUCGGAUCCAUGGAUAGCGAUUUUUUCCUUGGAUUGGAGAAAAUCCAUCGUCUGACGAAUUCGCGCCGCCAUGAGUUGUAUCUGCACUUGGUUGCAAGAGAUGACACCAAAUUCUACACCCGUUACGACGAUUUUAAAAUAUCUGAUGAAGACACUGGAUAUGCACUUAGCUUGGGUAAAUUUGAAGGAAACGUUGUCGAUGUUUUCAGCUACCAUGAACAUAUGAAAUUUUCAACAUUCGAUCGCGACAAUGAUAUGGCAACUUUCAAUUGUGCUUCUGUUCUUAAUUCUGGCUGGUGGUACAAAUCAUGUGUUUCUUGUAACUUAAAUGAUUUAUGGGACCGUCUACGAUGGACCUCAUUGGAGCUUAAAGAAGCUAAGAUGCUUAUACGCCCCAAGUUGUAGGGGAAACAUUCAAUUAAAGAUCAU